AUGAGCGGACUCCGGUUUCUCGAUCUCAUCAAGCCCUUCACGCCCCUCCUCCCGGAGGUGGCCGCCCCGGAAACCAAGGUUCCCUUCAACCAGAAGUUGAUGUGGACGGGGUUGACCCUAUUGAUCUUCCUGGUCAUGAGCCAGAUGCCCUUGUACGGAAUUGUCUCCUCUGACACCUCCGACCCUCUGUACUGGCUCCGUAUGAUGUUGGCCAGUAACCGGGGUACCCUGAUGGAACUGGGUAUCACCCCCAUCAUCUCCUCUGGCAUGGUUUUCCAGCUUCUCGCUGGUACCCACCUCAUCGAUGUCAACCUGGACCUGAAGACCGACCGUGAACUGUAUCAGACCGCUCAGAAGCUCUUCGCUAUCAUCCUGUCCUUCGGUCAGGCCUGCGUCUACGUCCUCACUGGUCUUUACGGCCAGCCCAGUGACCUUGGUGCCGGUAUCUGUGUUCUGCUGAUUGUUCAGCUGGUCGUUGCUGGCUUGGUUGUCAUCCUGCUGGAUGAGCUGCUCCAGAAGGGCUAUGGUCUUGGUAGCGGUAUCUCUCUGUUCAUCGCGACCAACAUCUGCGAGUCGAUCGUCUGGAAGGCUUUCUCUCCUACGACCAUCAACACUGGCCGUGGUCCCGAGUUUGAGGGUGCCAUCAUUGCCCUCUUCCACCUUCUGUUGACCUGGUCCGACAAGCAGCGCGCUCUCCGCGAGGCUUUCUACCGCCAGAACCUCCCCAACAUCAUGAACCUGCUGGCUACUCUCCUCGUUUUCGCCGCUGUGAUCUACCUCCAGGGCUUCCGUGUUGAGAUCCCUGUCAAGUCCUCCCGCCAGCGUGGCAUGCGUGGUUCCUACCCUGUUCGCCUGUUCUACACCUCCAACAUGCCCAUCAUGCUUCAGUCUGCUCUGUGCUCCAACAUCUUCCUCAUCAGUCAGAUGCUGUACUCUCGCUUCUCUGACAACCUCCUUGUCAAGCUUCUCGGUGUUUGGGAGCCUCGUGAGGGUUCUGCCCAGCUCCACGCCGCCUCCGGCAUUGCCUACUACAUGUCUCCUCCCCUGAACUUCAAGGAGGCCCUUCUUGACCCCAUUCACACCGCCGUUUACAUCACCUUCAUGCUGGUUGCUUGUGCUCUCUUCUCCAAGACCUGGAUUGAGGUUUCCGGCUCUGCUCCCCGCGAUGUUGCCAAGCAGCUCAAGGACCAGGGUCUCGUGAUGGCUGGUCACCGUGAGCAGAGCAUGUACAAGGAGCUCAAGCGCGUCAUCCCUACUGCUGCUGCUUUCGGUGGUGCCUGCAUUGGUGCCCUGUCCGUCGCUUCUGACCUGCUUGGUGCUCUUGGCAGCGGUACUGGUAUCCUCCUUGCCGUUACGAUUAUAUACGGAUACUUUGAAAUUGCCGCCCGUGAGGGCGACAUUGGAUCGGGCCUCAAGGGCCUUGUUCCGGGUAACUAG